UCAAAGAGUAAAGAAGAAGAGACUGCGAUUGAUGAUAUCCAGAUUUGUUGCUGGAUAAUUGCACAAGUGGUGCUAGUAGUCAGAGAUCCUUUCUUUUCUCUCUCUUUUUAAUCAAAAUUAACAAAUUUAAUCAGUUAAACAAAAUUGAUAAUUAUUGAAAAUUACAAAGAGAAAAAGAAAGUCUCUUACUACUAGCACCACUUGUGCAAUUAUCCAGCAACAAAUCUGGAUAUCAUCAAUCGCAGUCUCUUCUUCUUUACUCUUUGGUCUGGUUACUUUGUCUUUUGGUUAUCUUUUUGCAAUUCAUUGUUUAAUGUUACUUAAUUGAAUUGAUUAAUAUUGAUGUAUUUAAAACUUAUUUUACCAUGUUUACUGAUUUUUUAGAUUUUCCUGUCCUUGUUCUUGUCGUGGUUAAUGGAUAAUCAACAAUAAUUUAAUAUGUUAUUUAUACAGGACAAUCCAAUUAUUGAAUUUGGUUUCUCUACCUACUCAUCAAAACAGCAAACCCAUUAUGUUUAAAUGGUUCAAUUUUCGAUUUAUUUGGUUUUGAUUUGGAGCCAUAUUUUGAUGACUUAUAAAUGUAUCAAAUUUAUUUCCACUGUUAUUUGAUAGUCAAAUCAAAGCGUCUAUCGACAUUUCCCAACCAAUUUUACAUACAUUUAUGCUACUCUAUUGACCAGGAUAAAGUGGACUUGAGAAGUGACCGUUUUUCUGGGAUAAAUUCAGGAUUUGGUUUGAACUCUGGACAGUUGCUGUAUGCCCCCAACAUGAAUGAAUAAUUAAUGAGCGAUAACUCUUGUGCAUUAAAUGUGUAAUGCACUUUUAUACCGAUACUUAAGAGUUUAUUAGUCUCAAGAUUAAUCAUCAUCAUUAUUAACGUAAUUCUCAUCUUCUUUUUUCGCCAUUAUGUUGAUCAUCAUCUUCACCGUUAUUGUCUUCAAUAGGUUAAUCAGGUGAAAGCUUAUGAUAAGCUUUUUACUACUGUGACUCUGUUAACUCGUUAUUUGACCAAUUGAAUGGUAAAUAAUUUCAACUCAAUUUAUGAAUUCCUAUUCGUUCCAGCCAAUUAACAAAGUAAAUAAUAAUAAUAGUCAUAAUACAUAAUGGUAACAAGAUGAUGGUGAAAGUAAAAAGAGGGAGACAACCGAAAGCAAAGAAAGUAAAAUGUUUCUAUUGAUGAAUAAGGUAAUAUUAGGUAAAACUAUUUAUUACAUUCAUCAUGAUGAUAAUGUCUUGGAGGAAUUGAAAGGUAAGAAGAGACAGAGAAGGAGACAGAAAAGUGAAAGGUAAAAAGAUGACAAGAAGAAGAAAGAAGAGAAAGAAACAGAAACAGAAUGAAAGAGAAACUGUGUUUUCCUAUAGAAAUAGGAGGUUCCUCUCUUGAAAAGGAUGAUGUCGGAUGAAAAUCAUCCUGGGCGGAGAUAUGAUGAUGAAGUGAUGAACCAAUGAAAUAGAGUGAAUGCUGGUUAAUUCAGCAUCUUUCACCGUCAUCCUUAUCUUCAUCUCUCUCUCUCCUAAUCAUCUCAAUAAACAAACAAACAGACAAAGGUUGUACACUUAAUUUUGUCAAGUUGAACCCAAUAUCCAUAUGAUGAACAAAUGACAACCAGUUUACUUAAACUCAACUCCAAUUGAACAGCAACUCGUUACAAGUAUCAUUUGCUUUUUCAACCGACACUUUGUAUUUCUUACUAACUGUUUAAUAUUAAAUAGAAUGAAUUAAAAUGAUUAAAUUAUUGUCCACCUUUCAAUUAAUCACAUUAUUCAAGUGUCAUUUUGUUAAUUUGUAAUGAGCGCCACAAUUUUCUGGUUUGCCUCCUAAAUUGUUUGUUUACACGUUUGCUUUUCCCUUAACCCUUGGUUACCAUGGAGGAUCGACCUGAAGAAGGUUUGUGUUCCAAUGGAAGUAGCCCUUCUUUAAUUGCUCAAAGUGAAUUAAAUACUGGUUCAACCACCACCAAUACAAUUAACAUUUCAUCAAACGGUGGUAAUAAUGUUAACAGUACUUCUAUUAAUAGUAAAUCGUCUCGAUUAUCAUUUAGCAUAAGUCGUCUACUCUCUAAAUCAUCUUCAACACCACCAACAACAACCUCAGAUUGUGUCCGAAGCUAUGGUAAAGGUUCAACAUCAAUCAUUGUUACACCGACAACAACUCAAUCCAACAAAUCAAACUCAUCACCAUCCAUUCCUGUAACAAUAAUACCCACUUCUCCACCUUCAUCGUCCCUAUCAUCAUCUUCCUCCUCGUCAUCUUCACCUUCCUCUUCACUGUCAAGGAUAACAAUGAUAACACCGUCAACCAUAGGAAACAAUACCAACCAUAUUGGCUCCAAUGCUAAUAAAGAUAUGAUUAUUGAUGAGUUUACGAGAAAUGGUAAAAUGAAAGGUAAUCUUAGUCCAAUUUCGUUUGGAAAUAAAUUGUCAACAACUUUGAUCACAGGGUUAAAUCAUUCAAAUCAUGGUAACAAUCGAUCAACAUCAACAACACCUCCACCUCUAUCAUCAUCAUCAUCUUCCUCUUCAUCCUCAUCAACAACAACAGCAUCAUCAGCAACAACAACAACAAUAACAUCCUCAUCAACCAAUGGACCAACAAUCAACCCAUUGAGAUUUGAUGGUUCCUUGAAAGGUUGUCCUGAUAAAGAUUUUGACAAAUCUAGUAACCACUAUGAUAAUGAUAAUUUAAUGGCUUCCAAUUUUUACCAUCAUUACAUUACCGAUGCUUUUAGUGAUUCAAUGUUGAGACUUCAUGGUGUUCAUCCUCACCAUCCCCACCAUCCUCAUCUUUAUCAUCCCCAUCCUACAAUGACAAAUGGAAAUGAUUCAAAUUCAAUUUCAAAUCAUCCAAGAUCCUAUCAAUCCAAUCAAUUCACUCUGUCUCCAAGUUUAUUCACUUUGAAUAAAUCAGGAUCAACUGUUCUAACCCAGGUUAUGACCACUGCUGCAGCCAUGUUAAGCAAUUCACCUCGAAAGACGACUCCUUGGUAUCCUUGGGCUACAUCAUUUGCUGCGGCGGCUGCAGCCUCAUCUGCAUCACCAACAUCACCCAGCAUGAUACCGACAUCCCAGCAACAAAAUCAACACAAAUCAGAACCUCAUCAAUCAAGCCUUUCAAAUAGAGUCUCAUCAAUAUCAGUUAGCAACAGCAAUGGUAAUAAUCACUCCAAUACCAUGACAAUUAACACUUUACCUAACAACUCUCAUCUUCACCAUCAUCCUCACCAUUUAUCCUUAACUCUUCAUAAUGGAAAUGAUGUCUCGGCUUCUCACCUUUUACACUCUCACAAUCUUCAUCAUCACCAUCAUCGCCACUCAAUGAUGAUGGACAUUGAUGGCCCUAAAUCAGAACCCUCUUCCCCCGUAGCUGGACUUACCAAAUCUGUAGAUUUAUAUCACAACCAUGGAUCUCCUGAUUCGCGGACUUGUUCACCUGAAUCACGAUCAGGUAAAAUGGUUCACCAUCCAGACACUCCAGUUGAAAUUGACAUGGAAGAAGGUGUUUCAUCUGAUUCCGAUUGUGAAUCGGAUAUUGCAGGACACACAAGCUUUGAUAAGGGUAAAGAUGAUGGAUCAGGUUCAGGUCAAGGUAUCAACAGUGGACCCAAUAGACGCAAGAAAAAGACUCGAACAGUUUUCACUCGAAGUCAAGUUUUCCAACUGGAGUCAACCUUUGAUAUUAAACGUUACUUGUCCAGUUCCGAGCGAGCCGGUUUAGCGGCAUCUCUUCACCUCACCGAGACUCAGGUUAAAAUUUGGUUUCAAAAUCGUCGCAACAAAUGGAAGCGUCAAGUUGCCGCUGAACUAGAAGCUCACAGCAUGGCUCAAGCUGCAGCUCAAAGAAUCAGAGCAGUUCCAAUCCUUUAUCAUCCAGGUCCUCCAACCACCAACCACCUUCACCAUCCUCAUGUUCCUUCAGUCGAAAGUUCUCUGGGCUCUUCAGGUCCCCCUCCACACCCACCUCCACCCGGUGCCACUGCAGGUCUUUGCACUGUUCCAACUUCCCCCGGAACUCUUACCAUAACCAAUGGACAUUCCGGUGAUUCAUCAGCUGCUGCAGCUGCAUCCCUUCAGGCCGCUCUCUCAACGUACUAUUACCACUCGGCUUCUGGCUUGAAUCAUCAUGCAAGUAAUUCAGUGGCAGCAGCAGCCGCUGCGGCUGCAUUCAUUUCUUCCUCUACCUCAUCGUCUGUCAACAGCAAUAUCAGCAGUGUAAGUAAUGGCGCUGGUAAUGGCAAUAACAGUGGCAAUAAUGGCCUCGGAACCAACAGUGGAAACGGCAACAACUCAAACAUAGGUACUAGUUCAUCUGGUGGAAGCACAGGAUCAAUAGUUUCAGUUACAUCAAGCCUUCGACCAGCAACAUUACCUAGCUUGGUAUGAGUAGUUAAUGAAAAUUAGUUUGUUUAAUUUGUUUAAUCUGUUUUAACAUUUCAUAAAAAAAACAUUUCAUCGAAAAGUACAACAACCAAUUCCAACAUUCAUCUUUACUCUUCUGUAAACACAGUAUUUCCAUCAUCGAACUCAGAUGUGAUAAUGGAUAUUCAAAAUGAACUUUAUAAAUACUGAACAUGAUAUAAAUAUAUAUUGAUAUUUAAUUACACAUGAAACUAACAUAAAUCGUUUCAUCGAUUUUAACACAAUCUCUUUUAGCCAGCGAAGAAAAUGUUUUCAUGCUUUUUUUUGAGAUUUCAAUUUUUCUCUCCAACAUCAUUAUCAUUAAUCAUCUAACAUUAAUUAAAGAUUCCAUUCCUCUCAACAAUCAACAUCUUUUAACCAUCAUCUCAACAACCAAACCCGUCAACACACACAAGCAAAAAGACAGCAUUUUCAAGUGCCAAUUAACAAUGCUAGGAUAAUCUGUAAGCAAUCAUGCAAAAA